GCGCUUAACUUUGUUGGUCACACCUUCAGCACCCGGUACCUGCUGUCGGUCUUGCCACGGGCCAUGUACGACGAUCAGGUUGCAGGGAACUUCCAGCUACUUUUGGGCCAUCUGGUUCGGGAUAUGCGAAGCCUUUUUGAGGAAGGGUUGGUUUCUCCAAUCUACAACAAGAAGUUUUAUGUGUGCGUCGUCAACAUCAUCGGGGAUUGGCCUUUCCUGGCCAAGGCUUUUACUUAUAACCGGACCUUUGGCAACUCUGCCAAGCGCGAAACAUCGAAAAAAGAUGCCACCGGCAUUUGUCAUGCUUGCCUGGCCGACAGGCCAGGAUAUCCCUUCGAGGAUUUCGAGUCCCAGGAGCCGCGGUGGCGGCAAACCAUGAACGCUGUGCCUGCCUACGACACGACGCCUGUUCUUAUGACGAUGCCGCAUGACCCUGACGAUCCAUCUGGGUUCGCAGGUCAGGAUUAUUUUCACGGGUUUCAUCUUGGCGCUGGAAAGAUAUUUAUCGCAUCUUGUCUUGCGCUUCUCAGUUACACUUUUCGUGGUCAAAGCUUCAAGGCCCGGUUCAAGUCAAUGGAAGACACGUUUUUCAACUGGUGCAGCCAUCAUCGUCAGCAUCCUUACAUCCGCAAGCUAAACCAGGACACGCUGGGUUGGCCUCAUGGAACGGAGCCGCCAAUGGGCGGGUGGAGCAAAGGUUCCACCACACUGUGUUUGCUACGUUGGUUUGUUUGCUACUGCCACCAGAUCCGAGACGAAAUCCCACAAGAUUCCUUGCUGUUUAUGUCCUGGAAAGCGGCAUGGGAAAUCAACAAGUUUUUUUCGCUGCUGUACCGUGAGAAGCUUUGGGUCGAGGAUUUGAGAGCAAAGGAGAUAGCGGCACAUGGGCGGGCCUUUCUAAAGCUCAACGGCCGCUGCGCAAAACGCGCCUUCGAUGAACACCGACCCUUCUUUAUGUUUAUGCCGAACCUACACCGAUUACAACACCUGAUGAUGAGGAUGGAAGAUCAGGCUCGGGUUUCGAAGUGGGUGCAGAAUGGGUUAAUGUGGUCAUGCCAAGUCGAAGAGGACUUUAUUGGGCGGCCAUCGCGUGUGAGCCGCCGGGUACACCCCCGGCGUGUCGUCGAACGCACGUUGCUUCGGUGUCUCCUAGCAGCUGGUAGGCAGUUUCGACGUGCCGGGCUUCUCCGCGACAGGUGA